GCAAGAGAGAGAGAAGCAGGUGUCAGUAUAUUGUGUUGUAGAAACAAUGGAGGAAAUUUAUAGCGGGCAAGCAUAUAUAACUGUCUCUUAAGUCAGGCCCACCUGUCAGACAAUUUUUUUUAGUCGUUGUCUACAUCCUCUCUCUGCUUAAAAUCCUCGUUGGAGGAGAACGUUUCUUGUCGACCGUUUCCUCGAAAAUGGCGGGCUAUUUGGGUGUUUUUCUCUUUGCCACUCUUCUAGUGAAAGUCCAUCCUCAGUCUCCGUCCCUCCUGGAAAGUCUCAUCAACGAUGUGCUAGGCCCGGCCCCUCCAACGCUGGUACAAGCCAGAGCAACAUUGAUCAGGGGCCCAGCAGCAUGGCCCAGGGACCUAGCAGCAUGGCCCAGGGACCUAGCAGCAUGGCCCAGGGACCUAGCAGCAUGGCCCAGGGACCCACCGUCAACGGCGAUGCCUUCGCUAGUAACACAGGGCCACAGAUGAACAGUCUCAACUCCUUCGGCUCGGGCUCCUCUGGGCAGCAGAUUUCAAAUUUCGGGUCAUCCCAGAGCGGAAGUCAGUCGUUCCUCCUGCAGCAAGCGGGAGUCCGACCUCAGUGCAAUAGCACUGAAAGGCAGACGCUGUACAGAUCCUGCGCCAUGAGCUUCGGAAUGGCGCACAUGCAAUAUUUCAGACUCAUGGCCAGCCAGCGCAAGUGUCGCCCCGAACUGUUUAGCUGCAAUCGGGUGGACGAACUGGUCCGGUGUACCAACAGUCAGCCCAUCAGGGUCAUCAGCAACAGGUGCUGGAUGAUGAUUCGCAAUGUUCUCACAAGCUUCUUGCAACAACAAAAUGUUCCCUGUAGCUUUGAAGAUAUUUAUAACCAAUGCAGCACCAAGUCAGCUGACAUCCUACCACUUGAACAGCGUCCCCAGACCGGGCGGGGGAUCGACAACAAUCCCCUUCCGAACAUCAUGCCAAUCGUCAUGAGACACGUCAUGCCUAUGGUGAUGAUGAUGUCUUCCGGUGGGGGCGGCAUGUUCGGUUUCUAACAUCUUCAGCUGAAGCAGCAGAUCGGCAGCAGCAAAGAGGGACGACAACUGUUUUGAAAUUGCCUCAGAACCGAAACUAGGAUACUGGCAUUUGAGGUUCUACUACCUGCAAACUCACUUCAGUCUACAUAGACAGUAACACAUGCCUGACGGACUGGGGUUUGGAACUGUGGAUUAAACAUUUACUCUUCCCUACCCCCUAUAUAAGUACUCUGUCUUCAUGGCUCCUAAUGACGAGGUUUUUUUUUUUAAAAAAGCUAUUAAGGAUGUCAGGCAAUUCACAUCAUGUGUACUGUCUGGUGACGAGAAGUCCAGAUAACUAUGGCAUUAACAAAAGAGUUGCCUCGUGAUCAUUUUAAUUACCUCUAGCAUGCAUUUAGGUUGUUUUAGGACAAGUCCUAGAAGGGCUUUCAUAGUCGAAAGUUAAGAGAGCGUGGAUGGGAAUAAAAUAAGUGCCGGCUAUUUCAAAAGAAAACCAAAACGUUCAUUACAUUCUUUGUUCUCAGCCGGGACUUCCACUUCCUGUGUACUCGUCAUAGUCCUGUACAACAUAUCUACCUUAUGCUAUAAAUUCAUCUUCUUAUGCAUGAUAAACAACUGAUACAAUCAAACACCCUGCAGACCUUGACUUUCCACUUCGAGGCGUUUUGAUAAAUAAAAACCAUGAAGAUAUAUGCAACA